UUUAGUUUCACAAAUAAACAACGACGGUCUUUCGUUAAAUAUAUUAAAACUCAACUCCUUUGCAAAUUGAACUAGCAAAGAUGGAAGAUGUGAAGGAGAAGAUGAAGGGGUUGAUGAAGAAGGUCAACAACCCCUUCUCGUCUUCUUCCUCCAAAUUCAAAGGCCAAGGCCACGUCUUGGGCUCUGGACCUCCUCCCUCCUCCUCCUCCUCCUCCUCCUCCCUCUCUCACCGUAGCCCUUCCGACCCUCGUCCUCGAUCUACUCCUCGCCCCGCCUCCGACGCCUCCACCUCGUUGUCCUCCGACUUCGACCCUUUCGACCCUCUCAUUUCCUCCGCCCGACAGAUCAACAACCGAAACCCUACGGUUUCCUUUUCUUGCCCCGUCUGCUCCCGCCCCUUCUCCUCCGAAUCCGAUGUUUCCACCCACCUCGAUGGCUGCGUCGCACCUGAUUCCACCUCUGGCGACGUGGGCGUGCCUGCUCGCGUGGAGGAGUUCCUUUCCGCUGGGCCUCCUGACGGGGCGGUCGACGUGGUUCUCAAGCUGCUGGGUAACGUGGCUAAGGAUCCUGCCAACGAGAAGUUCCGGCGGAUCCGGAUGGGAAAUCCUAAGAUCAAGGAGGCCGUGGGCGAUGCCAAAGGAGGGAAGGAACUGCUGGAGUAUGUGGGUUUUAGGUUGGGAGAGGAAGCGGGCGAGGUCUGGGCUACAAUGGAAGUCCCAUCUUCAGAACAGGUUGCUGUGAUUAAAGAAGCUGUCUUGCUGUUGGAGAAUUGGAAAUUGGAAAGGUUAGUUCCGGCAGUGGUCUCUGAUGUGGAACUUCAUAGGACGGUUGAGCCGAAGGAAGUUGAUAGGCAGGUCCGUGUAUUCUUCCCUGUUCCUGAAAGUGAAGCAUCAAAAAUUGACCUGCCGGAUUCUUUCUAUAGCCUUUCUGCUGGGGAGCUGAAGAGAGAAGCUGAUCUAAGGAAGAAAAAAUUUGCAGAUUCUCAGCUUUUGGUUCCUAAAUCAUAUCGGGAGAAGCAAGCUAUGGCUGCUAGACGAAAAUACAAACGGGCAUUAGUAAGAGUUCAGUUUCCAGAUGGAGUACUUCUUCAAGCUGUAUUUCUUCCUUGGGAACCUACUACAGUUCUUUAUGAGUUUGUGAGCUCAGCUUUAAAGGACCCCACUCUGGAAUUUGAGCUCCUCCGUCCUGCUGUUCCUAAGCUAAGAGUUAUCCCUCAUUUCCCAAAACCAGGAGCUAAAUCAACGUUAGAAGAGGAAGAGUUGGUUCCCUCGGCACUACUCAAGUUCAAACCUGCAGAGACGGAAGCCAGCGUUUUCACCGGCCUAACCAACGAGCUUCUUGAAGCUAGUGAACCCCUAACUAGCGAAGCAGCAUUGUUGUAAAAAAUUAACGUUGCCAAUUUAGUAGCCAAAAUCCUUUCCUAUAUUUCAAUAUUUGAUUUUUACAAAGAAAACUGAACAGAUAGAAAUGAUACAUUGGUUCGUUCAUGUUAUCCUUGAACAAACGAACAAAUAAUGUUGUAGUCUAUUUAUUUAUUUGUGUUGUGUAUGUAAUAUGGGAACUACUGAUAUUCUUAUACGAAAGGCAGUUACUAGUUGAAUCAAA